AUGCUCAAGCUAUUUCGACGAAACAGUAAAGAUGAAGCCAAAGGCCAUCCGAUGCUGGCCAACAACAACGGGCUGCCUGUGACCGACUCGCCACUGUCAUCGUUUGCUGUGGGCGUUACGGAGGACAAAAACUCGCGGUGUAGACGGACCAUGGAGGAUUAUCAUGUGGCUGCACACAACAUUUGCGGCACGCCCGAUUCGGGGCUGUUUGCAGUAUUUGACGGACAUGCGGGCAAACAAGCGGCUGAGUACUGCGCAACGGCAGUUGUCAGUGAGGUGGAAAGUCUGAUUAUGGAGUCUGAGGGAUUCAAAAGCGAAGACUCUGCAACCGAAGACCCUGAAGUCGUGCAGGAGGAGGGGCUGGAGCACCAGGACAAUGACAAGAGCUCGAAGACUGUGCCAGAGCUGCUUAAUCUUGCCUUCAUGGCCAUUGACCGGUCAAUUGAGCAGAAGAACCUGAAUUCCGGAUGCACAGCAGCAGUGGCUCUGUUGAGAUGGGAGGAUUCUCGAGGAAAGCCCGUGACGGUGUCUUCUGAUCACUCACCCAAGGACUACACUCCCGUGUUUCCCCGUGCUCCAUUGUCCGAGUGCAAGCGCAAGCUGUACACUGCCAACGUGGGAGACACUCGGUUGAUUUUGUGUCGAGCAGGCAAGGCCCUUAGGCUGAGCUACGAUCACAAGGGCACCGAUCUCCAUGAGUCUAAACGAGUCACCAACAACGGCGGAAUGAUGAUCAGCAAUCGGGUCAACGGAAUGCUUGCUGUUACCCGUGCUCUGGGAGACACGUAUUUGAAGCAGUUUAUUAUUGGUAACCCAUACACGACCGAGACGGAAAUCAUUGCUGAUGACGAGUUUCUGAUUGUGGCUUGUGACGGACUGUGGGACGUUUGUGAUGAUCAGAAGGCUUGUGAUCUGGUGAGUGGACUAGAAGAUCCUGUUGAGGGAAGCCGAAUACUGGUGGAGUUUGCUCUGGAGAACUUUAGCACAGAUAAUUUGACUGUGAUGGUGGUGAAAUUGCGAUAA